UUAAGUUUCUCUAAGGCCUUCAUUUUCCCCGUUCAUUUCUGUCACGCUCAAAAAAUCCAAUGGCGGAAACAGAUCAGGCGCUGCCGCCGUCGGACCAACUCGCCGCGAUGAACUUGACCGACACCGUUGAGAAACACGCAUUUUCUGACCGUGUCCUGAUCCGUUCCAUCGUGGGCCGGCCAGAUGGCGGGGCUGGCCUUGCUGGGCAACGAGUCCGGGCCGGUGGUUGGGUAAAGACAGGGAGAGAGCAAGGGAAAGGAACUUUCGCCUUCUUGGAAUUGAAUGAUGGGUCGUGCCCGGCGAACUUGCAGGUGAUUGUGGACGCCGGACUGGCUGUUCUGAGCAAGCUGGUGGCGACCGGCACCUGCGUGGUGGUGGAUGGGAUAUUGAAGGUGCCACCUGAAGGCACGAGGCAGAAGAUUGAGCUUCGGGUCGAAAAAGUGGUUUCUGUAGGCGAGGUGGAUCCUGCUAAGUACCCGAUUCCAAAAACGAAGCUCACGCUUGAAUUUUUGAGAGAUCAUCUUCAUCUUCGAGCUAGGACCAACACGAUUGCAGCCAUAGCUCGAAUUAGGAACGCACUUGCCUUUGCUACGCAUUCAUUCUUCCAAGAGCAUAAUUUCCUUUAUGUGCACACUCCAAUUUUAACUACUAGUGAUUGUGAGGGUGCUGGUGAGAUGUUUCAAGUCACAACUUUGAUUAGUGAAUCUGAAAAGCUGGAGAAGGAACUGAUUAAAAACCCUCCUCCAUCGGAGGUUGACAUAGAAGCAGCUAGGCAAGUUGUGAGCGAGAGAGGAGAGGCUGUUAAACAGCUUAAAGCUGCCAAAGCAAGCAAAUCGGAAAUCACUGCUUCUGUGGCUGAACUUAACAAAGCAAAGGAGAAUCUCUCUAAGCUGGAGGAGAGAUCUAAAUUGAAAUCUGGGAUUCCCAAGAAGGACGGGAAGAUCGACUACACUCAAGACUUCUUUGCCCGCCAAGCUUUUUUGACAGUUUCUGGGCAACUGCAGGUUGAAACAUAUGCUUGUGCUGUUAGUAACGUAUAUACAUUUGGGCCAACUUUUCGGGCUGAACACUCUCACACUUCAAGGCAUUUGGCAGAAUUUUGGAUGGUAGAGCCUGAAAUAGCAUUUGCAGAUCUUCAGGAUGACAUGAACUGUGCCGAGGCUUAUGUGAAGUAUAUGUGCAAUUGGUUGCUUGAUAAAUGCCUUGACGAUAUGCAAUUCAUGGCUAAAAGUUAUGAUAAAGGUUGCAUUGAUCGGUUGAGAAUGGUUGCUUCAAUUCCCUUUGUACGGAUAUCAUACACAGAAGCAGUGGAGCUUUUAGAGGAAGCUGUGAAAGGUGGUAAGAAAUUUGAGAAUGAAGUGAAGUGGGGGAUUGAUUUGGCUUCUGAGCAUGAAAGAUACUUGACUGAAGUUAAAUUUCAGAAGCCCGUUAUUGUUUAUAACUACCCAAAGGGAAUAAAAGCAUUCUACAUGAGGCUCAAUGAUGACUUGAAGACUGUUGCUGCUAUGGAUGUCCUUGUGCCCAAGGUUGGAGAACUAAUCGGGGGAAGCCAAAGGGAAGAACGUUAUGAGGUCAUUCGGGAAAGAAUUUUGGAGGUGGGGUUGCCUCUUGAGCCAUAUGAGUGGUAUCUUGACCUGCGGCGAUACGGAACUGUUAAACAUUGUGGAUUCGGGCUAGGCUUUGAACGAAUGAUUCUCUUUGCCACUGGCAUCGAGAACAUUAGAGAUGUUAUUCCCUUCCCAAGAUAUCCAGGAAGAGCUGAUCUGUGAUUGGAUUUUUCUAAGAUGACCUGAGAAAGUGGUCUUGAUUUUCAGUUUAAUACUCCUGGGUUUUAGUAAUUUUUGCGCAUUGGCAAUCAUAUUACGUACCUUGAAAAGAAUUGUAAAAGUAAAACUGUUUCUUCAUUUUUGUUCUUUCUCUGUUCAUCCUUAACAGCACAUGUUUGUUAUAUAUGGAUGUUAGUGUUAUCAUCUAAUGCAAUAAUAUGUCUUCUUUACCUCA